AUGAUGCCAGCCACUGGUCUCGUGAAGUCGGCCUCAACAGGCCAAAUCAGCAGCCACAUCCUCCCUCGGGAUGUGAGCAUGGUAGCCGUGCUCGGCUUGUUCGAGCUCCACGCCGGCUACGCCAUCCAGCGCUGGAUGGACCAGGGUCCCGAGGAGGACCACUGGAGCGCUCUCAACCCCCCUCCCCCCGGCGAGUCUCUCGCCGAGAUCAUUGCCAACGAGAUGGCCAACCUUUCCUUCGCCGAGGACACCACCAAUGGCAAGGAUGCUAUCUAG